UGGCGCGGGAAGGUUCGUGACAUGCGAAUCACUCUGUUAGCAAAACUGUGAAAAUGUUAAUUUAACCGAGCGUUUAAUAACACACAAUUUCAACGAAAAACUUUCGGAGUCAUAUAUAACUUUACGGUUAUUUUACUUUGUACACAGAUCUAAGGUGAGCUAAGGAAAUCGACUGUUAUUCUUCAUAAUUUCCAUCUGAUCUCAUCUGAGGUGAAGAUGAUGCGAAAGAAGAAGCGAUCAUCUGUUAAAGUGGAUGAAGAUUCAACACUUGACAUUCCUAAGUCAAAAAAGACCAAAACCAGUGAACGACCUACAAAAUCUUCGGUUAAAGAGUCAAACCCAAAUUCGAUCUUUGUUCAGCUACUCAGAGAGUCCGGGGUCACUUUGACACCUGUCAACACGGCUAAUGAAAUCGCUGUAGACCAAGUUAUAUUUCAGAAGCGACUCCAGCAGCGUCUACGGAAGAAUCCCAGAUUCCCAAAUAUUCUUCAGGAGUUUAUAUCUGGGCUGGAAACAUACAUUGAAGAUCCAGAGAGUUUCAGGAACUGCCUGCUUCCCUGUGUACCAGCUGCUCAGCAGGAUAACAAUUCUGGCUCAUAUCAGGAGAGUCUGGUGCGCUUGUUGCUUGGUAUAGAGAUGCUGCAGACCCUGGUCAUAAACACUUUGUUUGAAAAGCUUCCAGAGUUCAUGUUUGAGGGUGUAACACAGGAUGGACUCAAUGUUCCUCGUCUCAUUAUAAAUCAGUUAAAGUGGCUGGACAGAAUCAUAGACUGCAAGGAUUUAGGCAGUAAACUGAUGGAGAUGGUGUCUGUGGCUCCAUUGGAAAUCCAGCGGGACAUUAUCACCAGUCUUCCAGAGAUACUUGAGGAUUCCCAGCAUGGAGACAUGGCCAGAGAACUAAAUGUUUUACUCCAGCAAAACACUCAGCUCACUGUGCCAAUAUUGGAUUCAUUGUCCAGCCUGAAUCUCGGUUCUGCAUUACUCUCCGAGGUGCGUGAGGCGGUGAUGAGAACUCUCUGUGCUGUACAGUUGGAGGAUCUUGCUGUUGUUGUGAAGUUCAUCCUUCACUCCAUCUCUGCUUCUGAUGCUAAUGAGGUGGUGUGUGACCUGCGUAAGAAGCUGGAGUUGGAGCAAUGUGUUUUGCCAGCCGUCCUGCAGGCCUCUCAGAGCAGCAAAAAAAAUGCAGGUGUCCCAUCAAGCAGCAACGGUCAGGACAGUGUGGCUCUGAUUCUGGAAGUCAUAAAGUCAGCGAUUCGCUUCCAGAAGACCAUCUCAGAGGCCUGGCUUAAGGCCAUAGAGAAUGUUGAUGAGCCAGAGGACCAUAAGGUGAUCGAUCUGUUGGUGCUCCUCAUUCUUCACUCCACAAAUGCAAACCACAGCAAACGGGAUGCUGAGAGAGUGCUGAGGGUCAAAGUUCGCAAGUGCCUGAUUCAGGAGACCCUCCUGCAGAAGACCUUCAAGAGUCACGCUCAGGUGAUGCGGGGUUAUUUCUCCUCGAUUCUGGCUCUAGCUCAAGGCCUUUUGCGUUCUUCAGACUGCUGUGUGGUGCCUUUUGGAGGUCACUUGUACAAACAAGCUUUUACUGCCUUUGACUCCUACUGCAAGCAGGAGGUUGUGGGAUCUCUGGUCACACACGCAUGUAGUGGUGUUGCUGGGGAGGUGGAUGUUGCUCUUGAACUUCUCUGUGAGCUGGUGUCCCAGAGACCUGCAGAGAUGAGACAAUUCAGUGUUUUUGUGAAGGGUAUUUUGGACUACAUGGAUAACCUGACAUCACAGCAGAUCAGACGUCUCUUUCAUCUACUGAGCCACCUUGCGUUUGGACAAGAGCAGCAAGGAGGAAACAUCCAGGAUGACAUGCACAUUGUGAUUCGCAAGCAGCUGUCCAGCACGGUGCCCAAGUACAAGCGUAUUGGUAUCAUCGGAGCAGUCAUGAUGGUGGGCAGUAUGGGGACCUGCAGAAACUGCCCCGCUGACUCUCAAGGUGGAACACUGCCCAAAGAAACUCACAGACAGGUGAUGGCUCUGUUGGAGCUGGUACGCUCAUGCAGUGAGAGUUCUCCUGAAGCUGCUGCUCUCUAUUACGAUGAGCUGGCCAACCUUCUGCAGACGUGCAAACUGGACCCUCUAGUGCAGGCGUGGAUCGGGAAAAGGGUGUUAGAGGAUUUUCAGGACGACUUCAUUGUCGAUCUAGGACCAGAGAUAUCAGGUUCAUUUGUGUUUCCGGCGUCUGUGAUAUAUAGUCUGGAUGAGGAAGAGAGUCAGGGAGGAAUCGCCAUCAAUCUCCUGCCUCUGAUGUCUCAAGACCAACAGAACAAAUCAGAUACGACACAAACAGCUGGAGUAAACAAAGAGAGGCGUGUGUCUCCUCUCUGUCUUUUCUCCUUCUUCCGCCUGCUGAGGUUGUGUGAGGAAGUACAGCAUGACGGAGAUCUGGAAGAGAUUGAUGCACUUUUAGGUUGUCCUCUGAUCCUGACGGAUAUGGAGGUGAUAGAGAAGAUGGAGAGUUUGUCCAGGACUGAGAGAGAGUUUCUCUGUUCUCUACUCUUUUACACCAUCAACUGGUUCAGAGAGGUGAUAAAUGCCUUCUGCAGACAGAAAGACGCUGAGAUGAAGAUGAAGGUUGUAAAUCGUAUUCAGAACAUCACCUACCUUCAGAGUUUACUGCAGACGGGUUUAGCAGCCACACCAGGCUACGUUCCUCCUCAGGCAAACUUUGAUGGAGAACGUGUGGAGGGGAUUGUCCCUUCUUCAAUCGCUCCACCAAAGAAAGUAAAGAAGGCUGGGAAGAAGAGGAAGGCGUCAGUGAAUAAGAACUCUUCGGCUGAUAAGUCUGAGCUGGAAGGAGCAGCCGAGGCAGACGAGUCCCAGCAGGACCAUCCAGAGAAAGAGAGCGAGAAGGAGAAAGAGAAGGAGGGCACAUCAGGGGUCUGCCUUUCUUCCUAUUGGCCGUUCUUCAGAGAGUUGGACGUGGAAGCUUUGAGCGUGUUACAGUGUGGUCUUCUGUCUCGAUCUCUACUAGACACUGAGCUACACAGUAAAAUCAGAGAAGAAGUGCAGUUGGGUCCUGCAGAGUUGCACUUCCUGUUAGAGGACAUGUGGCGUAAGCUGGACUUCAGUUUGGCUUCUCCAGCCAAAAAGGCUCCAUUUUUCAAAAGUAAGACAGACAGAACUGUGGGAUUUUCUCACCUGCAGCAGAAAAACGCUAAAGAAAUCGUCACCUUUUGCAUUGAGCUGCUGCCCACACUGUGCACACACCUGGAGAACUGCCACAAUCAUUUUCAGACUCUGCUGUCGGAGAAUCAGGGUGUUGUUGAUGCUUCUGGUGUGGAUGUGAAGGAACAACAGCUGAUGUCUUCAGCCUAUCAGCUUCUACUGCAGGUGCUACACACCACAUUCAGCUGGGCUGGAUUCUCUGGUACAGAACAUCGUGUUUUGCUGAAGAAGGCUCUGAGAGUUCUGGCUAGUCGACUAAAGGAAGAGGAGACUGACCUGAUGCUAGACCAGCUCAGCAGGCACGCUUUCCAGUAUCUGCAGAACUUCAGAAGUUCACUACCCAGUCUGACCACAGCCCUGUGUCUUACCCAGCUGCUUAUUGUGCUGGCCCAGUUUGGAGGAUCAAACCACAGGACCUACAGAGAGCAGAUCUCAUCCCUGGCGAGGCAUUUCUUGUGUCAGGAGUGGGUUACAGCGAGUGGAGAGAGAGAGCGAGGAAACAAAUACAAUGAGGCUCUUCAAACCCUUCUCGGUAUUUAUCUGGAACACACCGAUGAUGUCCUGAAGGCCGUGGAGGAGAUCGCAGGUGAGGGCGUUCCAGAGCUGAUGAAUGCCGCUAAAGACGCCAGCUCACGCAGCUGGCCCACCCUAAACAGACAGACCUUCCUAGUGUACUACAAGAGCCUGAUGGCAGAGCUCGAGAAAGCUGUACGCAAGAUUCCUCCCAGCAAACCGGCCGAUAACAGAGAGGUACAAAGUGAGAAACUGCUGACGUGGAAUCUAGCCGUGCGUGAUUUCCACAUUCUCAUGAACCUGGUUAAGGUGUUUGACAGCAGACCCGUACUUACAGUGUGUUUGAAGUACGGUCGUCUUUUUCUGGAGUCGUUUCUUAAGUUUGGAAUGCCUCUGCUCGACUACAGCUUUAAAAAACAUAAGGAGGAUGUUCAGAGUCUCCUGAAGACUUUUCAGCUCAGUACAAGACAACUCCACCACAUGUGUGGUCAUUCAAAGAUUAGGCAAGAUACGGGGCUGACCAAUCAUGUGCCAGCUUUGAAGAAAAGUCUGGAGCAGUUUGUUUAUCGUGUGAAGGCCAUGCUCGCUCUGAACCACUGCCAGGAGGCCUUUUGGCUGGGGAACCUGAAGAACCGAGAUCUUAAGGGUGAAGAGAUUCUCUCACAGAGGUCACAGGUCGCUGAUGAGCAAGAAGAAGAAACAUCUCAAGUUCAGAGCGAUAGUGAGGAAAGUGAAACUGAAGAGAGAACUGAUCAGCAGCCAGAGGAUGAGGAGGAGGAGGAAUCAGAUUAAAAUAAAAUUAUUUGUUCAUUUACAUAAGCACGUAAUCCAUACACUAUUAUUACCUUCCAUGUUAUAAGGUA